AUGUUGGAAAAGCUCCUUUCGCUAUUCAAGAAGAGAGAUUCGGGGAGGAAAUCCUCUCACCCAACGAAACCCCGACGUCCAUCGGACCCUUACAGCGGUCUAAGUGAGGUGGCUGUCCCCCCACCGAUCCAGAAUCGAGACGAGUCCGAAGUCUUUCUCCACCACACGCUGGAAGAGAGCCUCGGACGAAUCUCGCGGGGCCAGGAUAAUGAAGCUGAAAGCGGUGCCAGCGGCGACGUCCUCGUCCGUCAUCAUACGCUCGAGGAGAACAUCAAGCUUGCGAGGGAGCUUUCGCAGGAACUGCGGCGGCAGUCGGACGAGCUGAGGCGGCGUUCUAGCGCGAAUGAACGGAACGCAGAUGGUCAGACGAGCAGUUCUCCUUGA